AAACCACCUGUUUUGGGUGUAUAAGAAGAAAUAUAGUUUUCCACUGAUUUGUGGAAGUAAUAACUCAAGCUGAAGUACUGUAUGCAGCUUUGGGAGUUGCAUUUAAAAAAAGCUAUUCGGAAGGAACCCAGAGGGGGCCACAGCAGGAGGUGCCAAGCACCUAACUUACAGAGUAAUCUUAAUAUGUGGGUGCAAAGAUAAAGGGACUUGUAUCUUUUUCAAAUCCAGAAUGGACAAACACAGUGGGCUUUGGUAGUGAAAGUGAAGAUCUAGGUGAAGAUCAUUAGAUAGUGAGAAUUCCUAAUGGCAUCAAAGCAUGGCUGCCGUGUUUGUGAAGUUGCUUUUUCAAGUAUUUCUUGGGAGAAGCUUGGCUGACUUAUUUGUGAUGAGAAGCAGCAGUGAAUGAUGCAGUACGUGGCAAAAGGUUGAAGUAGAUGGCCUGUUAAGGUCAUUUUUUGCUUACUUACAUCAUCCUGUUCACAGUUUAGAAGAUCGGGUUUUAGAUAAGAAAAAUGUGAAUUCUGGUAUUUAAAUAAUUUAGCAUAUAUUUAGAUUACUUCCUGUAAGUCUUGUAAGACUGUCUACUGAACUCUAGAGGGACUGUGGCCAAGGAGUUUAUGUGGAAGAAAUGCUGUGACUGUUCUCAAACUCUCUUACAGACUGAUUUCAACGUUUCGGUGUUGCAUCAUUUUGUGUUGAGUAACAGAAGUUCUACUCCUCAUUGAUCAAUGUGACAGUGUUUAGUAGUUUACGAAAUGAGCCAAACUCGUGGGAGAUAUGACUUCUGUAUUGGUUUGGUGUUGGCUAUGAGUUCCAGCAUUUUCAUUGGAGGAAGUUUCAUCCUGAAAAAGAAAGGUCUCCUCCGGUUAGCCAGGAAAGGCUCCAUGAGAGCAGGUCAAGGUGGUCAUGCAUACCUUAAGGAGUGGCUGUGGUGGGCUGGACUUCUUUCAAUGGGAGCUGGCGAAGUAGCUAACUUUGCUGCCUAUGCUUUUGCACCAGCUACGUUAGUGACUCCUUUAGGAGCUCUCAGUGUUCUUGUAAGUGCCAUUCUGUCAUCCUUCUUUUUAAAUGAAAAACUUAAUUUACAUGGAAAAAUAGGGUGUUUGCUAAGUAUACUGGGAUCAACUGUGAUGGUAAUUCAUGCUCCACAAGAGGAGGAAGUAGAAACUUUGGAUGAAAUGUCCCACAAACUAGGUGAUCCAGGUUUUGUGGUCUUCGCAACACUCGUUGUCAUUGUGUCUUUAAUUUUGAUAUGUGUGGUGGGACCUCGCCAUGGACAGACCAACAUUCUCGUGUACAUAACAAUUUGCUCUGUAAUUGGAGCCUUAUCAGUCUCCUGUGUAAAAGGUUUGGGCAUCGCUAUAAAGGAACUUUUUGCAGGAAAACCAGUGCUGAAACAUCCCUUGUCUUGGAUUCUGCUGCUAAGCCUUACUGUCUGUGUGAGCACGCAGAUCAACUAUUUAAACAGGGCUCUGGAUAUAUUCAACACUUCGAUAGUGACUCCGAUAUAUUAUGUAAUCUUUACAACAUCUGUUUUAACUUGUUCUGCCAUCCUUUUCAAGGAAUGGCAGCACAUGGCGGCUGAUGACAUUAUUGGCACCUUCAGUGGCUUCCUGACUAUUAUUGUGGGGAUCUUUUUAUUGCAUGCCUUCAAAGAUGUUAAUUUCACCUUAGCAAAUCUGCCCCUCUCUUUGCGGAAGGAUGAUAGAGCAGCAAACGGCACUGUGCUGAGCACAUACGAAAGCUUUCAUGAUGAUGAAGAAAGUUCUGCCUGUCUAGGUGAAAUGCAGUCCACUGAGAGUCUCUCAGCCAGGAGAAAUGGAAGUCUGUCAGCCUUCUGAAAAUAGCUACGUGUUACUUAAGAAAAGAACAAUUCUGUAACUCUGGAAAUUUUUCUUCUGCUGUGAAAUGUCUGAUCUUGUCUGGAAAUUCAUGUACUUUUUAACAGUAUGUGUAGACAAUCGUUGAUUUUUAAGUUUGAUUAGUUUGGAUAAGAACACUGAAACCGUUUUUAUUUGCCUUAUUUUUACUUUAAAAAAUACUAAAAUGACCUCAGACCACAACUGGUUUUGUUGCUUAAGUUAUGUGUAAAUACUUUAAUUUCAUUCUUCUGUUUUUAAGAUGUAUUGCACUAAUGACAAUUUUAUCAAAAAUAAA